AUGGCAUCUAAUCCCACUUCCGGUCUCCAUGCUGCUCUACCCCUAACAGAGCAACAAAUUGGUUCUGCGGCAGCCAAGUGCCUCGCUCUGCAAACAUCAGGUCGAGAGGUCCAUUCCAAGCGACCAUUUGCAGCACUCUUGCUAGGUCCCGACAAUGAAACCGUGUUGAUGACAUCCCUCUCGCUCUCGCAUGUUCGCCAUGCUGAAUGUGAAUUGGCCCGCAAUGCCGCGGACAACUACGACUGGAACUACCUAGCGAAAUGUACCAUGAUUUCAACGUGGGAGCCAUGUGCUAUGUGCGCUGGAACAAUCUACUGGGCUCAUAUUGGACGCUUGAUCUACCUGGCGUCGGAGAAGACAUUGCAAAAGCUCACAGGGACCGGAAACGUGGAGAAUCUGACUCUGGAUAUGCCAUGCCGGGAAGUUUUUACUGCCGGGCAAACGGUUGUGGAGGUUUUAGGACCAUUGAAGGAUGAGGGCUGGGAGCAGAAGGUUGUGGAUGAUGCUGCAUUAUAUUGGUCGAAACAUGCUUAG